UGUGAUGGGAGGACAUACUGUAGAUCUCUGCGACUGCGCAACACGUUCACUCCAGAAGAAAAACUUGCAGAUCGGAUUAGUCUGAGUGACACUAUUUAAUUCUAUUAUUCCCAUAGACUCGUUGUGAGCUCAACUGACCCCAGUGGUGGUAAAGGUUUCCAGUCAAACCUGAAGCUGCUGAAGUACCAUGAACAAUCGAUCACACAGUCCUUCUCCUGGCCGUUGGUUUAAAGCCAUACGGAGGACCAGACUAGAGGGCCCAUGUUUAAAGAUAUACACACUGGAUUGUGUGGAUUUGCUGAGAAGAGCCAGAGUUGCCUUUCAAACUGGACAUACCCUGAAAGAAAACUUUAGGCUGGCUCAGCUAGGGAAUUUGUUGCUGAUGCUGGAGGAACAUGACUGUGAAUUUGUAGAUGCUCUUGGGAAGGACCUACAUAAGGAGUCUCACAGCUUUGGCCGCAUAGUCAACAUGGAGGUCUUUAAUCGUACAAGAGACAUGCUGUGGAGAUCUGGCAAGGUGGUUGUGGGAGGACCGGUGAUAGAAACAGAGAAAUACAUAGCCCCAACUAUUUUGACAGAGGUGACUGAAUCAGACCCCAUCCUGCAGCAAGAUAUUUUUGGUCCAGUUCUUCCUGUUCUGUCCGUGAAUGAUCUGGAUGAAGCAAUUGCUAUUAUCAAUAAGCAAGAGAAACCUCUGUGUGUGUAUGCAUACUCCAGCAACAGUGAGGUCAUAACACGACUUAUGACUGAGACGUCCAGUGGAAGCUUUUGCUCCAAUGUUCUGCAGAGCCUGAUGGUGGCGUUGCCUUUUGGUGGAGUAGGUGCAAGUGGACUGGGUUCUUGUCAUGGACACUACAGCUUUGAUACCUUCUCUCACAGGAAGUCCUGCCUGCUAAGAAGCAUACGGUUUGAGUGCAUAACCUAUCUGCACUAUCCUCCCUACGAAGACCGCAAUCUGUCUCUAAUGACAUGGGCCAGUACCCUUUCUCAGAGGAGCCAAGGCUGGUGCCAGAUCCUGUGACUGUGUGCU